CCUAGGGAGGGGGGGCGGUAAGGGGGAAAGAGAGCUGACUUGGGCACUUCAGGCGCAGGCGCAGUAGUUGCGAUAGAUAGCAUCGGAGAGCAGCCGCAAAGACAGCAGCAGCAUCGGCAUCAGCCAACAGGUCCCGGCCCAAAUCUGGAAGGUCCCUUUGAAGAGAUGGCCCUGGUGAAGGCCGGCUGGCUCUGGAGACAGAGCUCCAUCCUUCGACGUUGGAAGCGGAACUGGUUCACUCUGUGGCUGGACGGCACCUUGGGCUACUACAAGGAUGAUAGCCUGGAGGAGGAAGAGGACCGAGUGCUGAUCCGAUUCAAUUGCAGAGAGGUGAAGACUGGACAGGAGUGCCCAGAGGUCCAGCUGCCUGAAGGCCGGAACCGGGACUCUCUCCUGAUGGUUUACCUGAGGACGGCCCCCCGCCUGACACUGUGUGCUGAGACGAAGGAUGAGGCUUUAGCAUGGAAGUCCGCCCUCCUAGAAGCAAACUCCACCCCGGUACGCAUCUAUGACCCCUAUGACGACUAUUACCAGAUGGUGCCACCCAAUGCCCACGAUGCCACCUACAUCCGCACUGGCUACUAUGGGCCCCAGUAUGGAGCUCCAGGAGUGACCCACGUCAUCCUGCGUGACUCGCCAUACUACGGCAGAGAUACUGGGGGCGAGCUAGCAAUGGGCAUGUUGGCUGGAGCUGCCACAGGUGCAGCCCUGGGUUCCCUCAUGUGGAUGCCCUGCUGGUUCUGAGGCCAUAUACCCAGGAGCACCAGAAGAUUCUCCACAUGAUUGGACAGAGACCCUGACCCUGGCCCUGAUUAGAUGCCUGUCUGUCUGUGGCAAAAACUUCUCCUUGAUGGUCCUGUCCUGACCUCCCCAGAAUCCUAAGGACUGGGUUUUGCCCCCUCAGCCUUUGCUCUGUUCAAGCUCCGGCUUACGGUCUCUCUAAUGCCCGUGCCCUUCUGUGCCCGAACUACCAGAAUAGAUAUAAGGUGUCUUGGCCCUUACCUUGUCCCACAGUGAUACCCCACCCCCAAGCUGUGGCUAGAGGCCUGAGUGGUUCCUUCAUACAUCUCCAUCUGUCUCUGUCUCUCUCUC